AUGCGAAAAUUGGAGCUCGAAGAAAAGCGCUAUGAACUUGACAAAGCUGAACGUGAAGCUCGCUUUGCCUUGGAGCAGCAGGAACGACAACUUCAGUUUGAAAUCAUGAAAGGCACGUUGGAAACCCCGAUGUGGAUGACCUUGCUGGGCACAAUUUACUACGGAGUCGCCGAUCACAUUAGUGCCAUACAACCGAAACAGAAGCCAGUGGGUGGUUACCUUGACGCAGACGACGUCUUUCGCAAUCGCCGCGCGUCUCUGCGGUCCGUGUUCUGGUGGAGACCUGCUUUAGGCCCCUCUGUCUGA